ACCCACGACCAAUCUCUCAAAUGUUUCCGAAACGCAACUUCUGACCAUAUAUGCUAUCAAUAAAAUUGUUAAUUAUAAAAUAUAGAAAAUAUUAAACCCUAAAAAAGCAGAAAAAAUCAGCAUCUCCAACAAAUAAAAAUACAACAAAAUGCAACCGCUGCGGUUUCGCUCUAAGUUGGAGUUACACUGAACUCGACUUCCCGGAAAACGCUGCCGGAGUUUCCGCCGGACUGAACUUUUUUCAAAUUUUCCGAUUUCCCUCCCUCUUUCCGGCAGCGCGCGUGAUUUGCAAUACCGGCGCGAUUUCCGGCCAUAACUCCUCCGGCUAAAGGCUACGCAUCAGUGUUUGAAUUGCUUCGCAUCGAUACGAUUCUAUACAAUCUAAUUAAUUUCUUAAUGGAUGAUUUUUUUGAUGAUAUUGAUACUAUUGUUCCUACUACACGUGCUAAAACAGGUUCAAGGUUUGCACCGAAGGCGAAACCAAAACCGAAACAAUCGAUUCAAAAGAAUGUAUCUGCAUCAUCAGAAAAUGCAGUUUCUUCUAAAGAUGGGAACAAUGUGCUUGUUGACUCAUCAACCACUCACAAAGAAUCUGAAGGAAGUUCUCAAAAUGAAUCUCAGAAUGUAGUUGCUGUAAGUUCCUCAAUUGAAGAACCUAUAAGGUCUGAUCAUAAUCCUGAUGUCAAUAACGUAACAGCACAACCAGUUCAGCCUGCUAAUGCUGUAGAGAGUGUAUUGAAUAGUGUGGCUGCUCCAUCUACUAAUUGCCCAACCAUAGGUAAGAACAAAGAGCUGUCUAUAAAUGGAGAAGGUUCAUUUCUUGAUAUCAACAAGAGUUUGGAAGUUAGCCUAAACGAGGGUUCAUUUCUUGAUAGCAACAUCCAUUCAAAUUUUGAGUCUGGAGAACUGCCACAGGUCUUGUGUUCGGAAUUUGAGUUUGAUCCUUUCAGCAAUGUCCUCCCUGAUCCUGGCACUAGGAAUGCCAAAAAGUUUCAACCCAAGAUUAAGCCACGGCCUAGAGUCAGCAAUACACCAGCUACUGCUUCUGCUUCAUCUGGUAUGCCAUUCUCUGAAGACAAUACAAGCUUGGAAACAGUUAUUCCUUCUCAUCCAGAUUCCCUGAAUGCUAUGACAUCAGAGACUAUAGUUCAUGAUGGAACUAGAGAUUUGCCUUCUAGCUUUGGAAAAUCAGCUGCAGAGACUGCAGAUAUUUUUUCCGGGCUAGAAUCACUUGAUGACAUUCUCAACCAAGCUGCAACUGGUACAGGAAAACCAGAUCUUAAAUCUUUCAACGGGAAGGGUGCAGAGGAAGAUUUUGUCCUUCCGGGAUAUAGUAGGACAGAAACACAGGAAGGCACUGACUUGAAUGCUGACUGCCCAAUUGACAAUGUCUAUGAUUAUCAAUCCAUGAAAUCUGGCACAGAUCCAACAUCUGAAAUUCCAAGGCAUGAAGUGUUGACAAAUUCUGCAGAUAGUCCCACAUUGGCGGACCUUAUGCAGCAAGACGGUACUGGGGAGAAAGAAGAUGCUAACGAGAGGAAAAAAUCUGGAAAGAAGAAUAAAAGAUCCUCUAUUGCUGGUGUGGAAGAUAAAGGUGGUAAAACCUCAAGGAAGCCGAGAAAACAAUCGGUUCGUAAACCUGCUAAAAACUCAUUGAAUGAGCCUAUUGAGGACAAUGAUGAUGUCCUCGACCCUCCUUAUGAGUUUGAUGGAGAUGAACUUGAAGAAAAUGACGAUGAGAACGAAGUGGAUAAUUCAUCCAAGAAAAAAAGAGCAUCAACAAGUUCAAAGAAGAAAUCUGUGGCUAAAAAUGGAAAAACAUCUGGAAAACGCAAGAAGGCUAAUGAUGAUUUAGACAAGGUUACUGAAAAACCUCCUAAAAAGUUCCCACAUUCAUCUCGGCGAAAAAAAAGAUGUGUGGACAAGGCUUUGCUGAAUGAUGAAUAUCUUGAUCAACGAACAUUACCUCUUAGGGAUAUUAUUUUACUUGCCGAACAUAAAGAGCGAUUGGCGAAAAAGGAGGGAACAACUACUAAUACAUCUUCCACCAAUCAAAGUGAUGGGGAUUUUCUUCAUGAGACUGAUGUUAAUAAUGAAGAGGAGUUUUAUGGGUCAGAUGAUGGUUAUAGAGACCCAUAUGAUGGUUAUAAAGACCCAUAUGAUGGUCAAUAUCAAGCCAGUGAAAAUAUUACAUCAACUGCUCCUUUAUUGAAUUACCAGUCAUUCAUGGAGAAGACACCUAGGGGAAAAUGGUCAACAGGAGAUACUGAAAAGUUUUACGAGGCUAUUAGGCAGUUUGGCACAGAUUUUACUAUGAUACAACAGCUUUUCCCUGAUAAAACACGUCAUCAAAUUAAGUUGAAGUACAAGAAGGAAGAGCGGCAACAUCCUUUACUGUUAUCUGAUGCUGUGAAUAAUCCUACAAAAGAUCUUUCUUUAUUUAAAUUGGUGAUUGAGAGACAGAUUCAAAAGUCUAAGGAAGAACAAGAUGCUGCUGGAGAUGCCUCAGAUUUAAUGCCUGGGGAGGAGGUUGAGGAGCCGACGACACCUGGAACUAAUGAAGAGGUUGCAAAACCUCAGCAGGAGCAGGACCACAUCAAUGUUAAAGAUCAGGAAGAUUCUAUGCCAGUUCCAGGGCAAUCUGAUGAUGACGAUGAUGAUGACGACGAUGGUGAAGAUCCAUUACUAAAAUGGUCUCAGUAUCAAAGUUCUAUUUAGUGAUAAAGAAUGAUAACCAACAAUGUUGAUCUCAUUUUUUAAAUUGAAGUUUAGGUGAUAUUUUAGUUUUUUGCUGAUUGAUUCUAAUUUUGUUGUCUAGGAUAUUUAUUAUCAUAUUGUAUGGUGAGUAUCACAUGAUGAACACUGCAAUUGAUUUAUAAGUUUUGCCAAUACGAUUUAUCAUUCAAUUUCUGAUGAA